GGGGAGAAGUCCUGAUUUCACUAUUAUAGUGGUAUUCCACUAUAAUAGCUAUAUAUAACUAUGUAAACAGUCGCAAAUCGCAUUACUUCCGCCGGAAAAGGUAUACGUGACUCAAAGCGAGAGCCAUGGCUUCAAAAAUCCAAGAGCAGGAUAAACAAAACAAUCCCGGAAAAAACUACAAGGGCCAACGGUGCAGAGGAAGGAGGCAAGGAAAGGUUCAUAUUCAAUAUGUGCAGGACCCACAAAAACGGUCGCAGACUCUCCGAAACAGGAGAUUGGGUAUUGUGAAGCAGUUGCGGGAGUUAAAUAUUUUAACUAACACUCAAUACUCCCUUACAUUACGCACUGACUUGGGACGGCACUUUGAGGAGUGCAGUGACAAUUUCCACAAGGAUACUGUCACAACUGUGCAUGAAGAUGCACCAGCGGAGCCGGUUACUCAACCUCAAAGUGUUGCGGGCCCAGCGACUCGAUUCCCCUCUCCACCGCCGAUGUCGCCAGCGCAUGUGGAGACAGAGGAACCACAGCAGUCAGAGCCAGAAGUAAGGCGAACAAAGAGGAGACGGAAAGGCAGGUGUGAGUCGGAGGAGGACUUGUGCAGAGAAUGUCAUAUGAAGCACAAGGGGAACCGAGAAAAUGAGGUGUGGGUUGGAUGUAGCCGACCUGGCUGCCAACAAUGGUACCAUGCCCGUUGUACUGGGUACAUGGUGCCAGAUUCAAAUUUAUUGAAACUAAUUAAAUUUUAUUGUCCGGAUCACCGGACGUUCAAAAAAUAAAUGAAUGUCAUCGUUUCAUUGUAGUUGUUGCUAUUAUGUUAGUGAUAUGUAUAUA